AUGGGUGCUAUAUUUGCAGACGACUCUUCCGCAAGCUCCCAGAAAAUCUUCAAUCGCAGCUACGAGCUCUCAAGGGACCGCUUCCACGAAACAAGAGGCAUGGGGACUACUUUGAAUCUCGUGAUGGUUCUACAGUGGUAUUUCUGGAGUACGAUAUUUACAGGCCCACUUUCAGGCGUUCUCGAUGGUGCCGCUAAGCUGGAGGAUUGCCUCGAGCUCAACGGGUUCGAAAGAGACGUUUAG